AUGAUCAAUAAAGAGCUUUGGUUAAUCGUCCUGCUCUUGGUGUAUUCCCUUCAGACGAUUGGCCUCAAAAGUUACGAGAUGUUCUAUUGUCAAUUGCACCACCAGGGUUUGAAAAAUAACGGAGCCUUCCAUGGACGUACAUUUGGGGCAUUGGCAACUACAAGGUCGAAAGCGAUUCACAAACUGGACUUCCCAAGUUUUGAGUGGCCAGUUGCUAGAUUCCCAGAAUACAAGUAUCCUUUAGAAGAGUUUAAAUGUGAAAAUGAAAAGGAAGACAAAGAAUGUCUCGCGAAUGUUGAAGAACAAUUCGAAAGGUGGGAAAAGAAAAAGCCUAUUGCUGGUGUUAUCAUUGAACCUAUUCAGGCGGAAGGUGGUGAUAACGAAGGUUCACCGGAGUUUUUCCAAGGAUUACAGAAAAUAUGUCAAACCAGAGGAGUGGGUUUGAUCUUGGAUGAAGUACAAACUGGAUGUGGGCCGACAGGUGUGCUUGGAGGAGCAUGUGGAGUGUCUUCAAUUCGUCUUCGACCGGCUCUUAUUUUCCAACCAAAGCACGCUGAAAUAUUUUUGGAUAUAUUAAGGAAAACACUGAGGCAGUUAAAGUCGGCAGAGGUAAGAUACCAGCGCCGCCCAACGAACGAGAACAACGAACCGAGAAGGUGCACCUUCUCGGUUCGAAACCUGGCAAGUACCAUGUGGCAGGAGUAUGGUGUAAGUACAUGCGUCCUUUCGGAUGCAUUGCAGUCCGCAGUCACCCCCUACCACUGCACACCUAAGUGUUCCAAAAGGAAAGUUGAAAGUGUUUUCUGA